AUGGAGAAGGCUAGCGAGUCUGGUGGGAAUUUGCAUGACGAGGGGCUGCGCGAGGCGGGGUUUGCAUCGGGGGCGGGGGCGGCUCUUUGUGCCCAGCUAAACCGGCCCCGAAUCUCUUGUUCCGCGAGCUCGAAAACAUCCUCUGGUGCCGCGCCGGCUGGCUUUACCUCUUUCUCCCUCCGCCCCCCGCCGCCCCCCGCCGCCCACGCUGCUGCCGCCGCCGCCGCCUCCGCCUCCGCCUCCGCCUCCGGGCCCCACGGAACGGACGGCCGCUACCCGCCGCCACCCCCUACUGCCUCAACGGAUUUAAUCUCCGUGGGGAUUAGUCCGCUCUCCAUAUUUUACAGCUAA